AAGCUUGGAUCACCUGUAUUUGGGGAGUUUCUUCCAUUCUUCGCUCCAGAUCAUCUCAAGCUCUGUCAGGUUGGAUGGGGAGCGUUGCUGCACAGCAAUUGUCAGGUCUUGUCUUGUUUUGCACGCUUUGUACAAUUGAAUACAUGCUCUCAGGGUAAGUAACCAUUUAUACUGUACCAACUGAAUCAACAUAACAGACUCUGAAACAAGGAUUCAGCAUACUGUUACUUUUAGAACAAAGGAUUCUCAGAAACUCAACUUUCACUUUAGCAAUGACAUCUUAACAUUUCAAACAAAUACAAUACCAAAGCACUUCAAGUCAACUUUUCAAUAACAAUUUUACAGUCUGGAACUAUUUUAGGGCAGUGAUCUGCCUACACCCUUUGACAUUUCACAGGUCUAGGACAGCUCUGGGCUUGACCUCUCUUCCUGACCUUGUGUGAUAUGAUGCUGAGCAUGCUUCUGUGUCAGUCAACAGUUCUUGUGGUGUUGCAGGUAAGUAUGGUGUAUGUUGUGCUGUGUGUGUGUUUUAGUCCAUCACAUUCUCUUUCAGGGGAACAGUUAAUCUCGUCAGUGUAUUGUUCUUUUGUGUUCAGUAGGUGACGACGAUUGCGGCGGUACACUGCUCCUUCUGCAGUGCGGACGCGAUAUGAACAUUCAGUGUCAGCUGGCUGUAUGACGACUGCUGGCUUUCAGUGGCCAUGCUCCUGGAUUGUAACUGACUCUCCGUCGUUCAGUGGUGGCAGUGGUCUCGCUGACCUGUCGUAGUAUCGCUUUUGUUGUUGAUGUCUCUGUGCACAUUUUCAUUUCCUUGUAGCUGACGACCUCAGGUUGCAGCUGCUGGUUGGUGCUGGGAAGGAUUGAGCGAAGACUGCGGCUCAUCAACAUCUGGGCUGGUGAUUUGAAGUUGUCAUCUGGAGUGUUGUGGUAUUCAAGGAGGCUGAGGCUAACAAGGAGAGCAGCAGAUGACGACGCGAUGUCAUUACGGAGAGUAAAUGUGGCCAUCCUUGUGCUGCUGGCAGUAGCAUUUCUGAUCAUCGUGCAACGGAAUCUCCUGAAUCUCAAUGACUUCCUUAGAAGUGAGAAUCCAGAUGCAGUGCCAGGUAUGAUUCUGCCAUUUGAGUCUGAGUUUUCUCCUGAGCUCAGACCAGACCUUGUGAGAACUGGGGAGAAGAUCCCAGUGGUCAUUACUGCUGCAGAGGAGAGACUGGGAGCUGUGGUGGCUGCCAUGAACAGUGUCUACCAGAACAGCAAAGCCAACAUUGUGUUCAACAUUGUGACCAUGAAUGACACUGUGGAUCACCUCAAAGUGUGGAUGACUAAGACUCAGCUUAACAAUGUCAAGCACAAGAUCAUCAUAUUUGAGCCCCAACUUCUCAAUGGGAAGAUUACCAAAAAUCCUCAGAAGCUUGACUCUGUGAAACCGUUGACCUUUGCCAGAUUUUACAUGCCGGUAUUCAUACCAGAUGCAGAAAAGGCCAUUUAUUUGGAUGAUGACAUCAUUGUACAAGGGGACAUCCAAGAGCUUUUUGACACAAGCCUAAAGUCAGGUCACGCAGCUGCGUUCUCAGACGACUGUGAUUCUGCAUCCACAAAGGGCAUCGUUCGAGGGGCUGGGACCCAGAACAAUUACAUUGGCUUCCUGGACUUUAAAAAAGAGGCCAUCAAGAAGCUGGGCAUGAGGGCUAACACGUGUUCCUUUAAUCCCGGAGUGAUCGUGGCCAACCUGACGGAGUGGAAGCGUCAGAACAUCACCAACCAACUGGAACACUGGAUGGAGCUCAACGCACAAGAGGACCUCUACAGUAAGAACCUGGCAGAGAGUAUUACCACACCUCCCCUGCUCAUUGUCUUCUACAAACACCACUCCAGCAUCGACCCCAUGUGGCACGUCAGACACCUAGGGGCUACUGGUGCUGGAAACCGCUACUCUCCCCAGUUUGUGAAAGCUGCCAAACUCCUCCAUUGGAACGGACAUUACAAACCAUGGUCCAGGACCUCUUCAUUCACCGAAGUCUGGGACAAGUGGUAUAUUCAGGACCCCAUGCGUAAAUUCCAUCCAGUUCGGAAACAUGCAGGGGACAAGUAGACUAAAGCAGGGAUGUGACCAGACGAAAGCUAGUCUGCCUCUACCUGUCUGUCCUCCCAAAGUGACUUCUCAGGAACCCUAACGUGAUGCAAGCCCAUUCCAGUGAUAUGUCUACUGUUUACCAUGCAGUGAUGUAGAUCUCAGGCAGAGACAGCGGCAUGUUACAGAUAGAAAUGUAUCAUACAUCUCAAUAGUCUAGUAGUGGUCUUAUUUCACAUCAGUUGAGAUGCGCCAAUGGUUCUAUGCUUAGCUUCAUGAGACAAGAUAAUCAUGUGCCUGUGUUCAGGAACGAGCCCUCUAACAAUUUGCCAAGAUUGCCUCUUUCCUUAGACUUUUACUUUGAUUCAUUCUGUCAGAACAAGGAUCAAUCUUUGUUUCUGCUGGUUGUCUCGCACUUUAACUCUUUUGUAUAUCACUACCACAACACUAAACUUUACACAACAAAUAGUUAUAAACAAGCUUGAAGCCUACUAUCCUUUCUCUUGAUUGCAAAGGAUGGAUAUAAUGGUAUACACAAACCACUAUGGUAUCAAUACAUGUGCAAUAGCAUGUGUCGAAUAGCUUAUUUACAUCAUUGACACUUAUCUAGAGUGCAUACAUUCUCAUACUGGUUGCCCGUGGGAAUCAAAACCACACAGGACCAACUCCUAUGGUUUUUAUUUUAAAGUAUUCUCAACCGCUACACGCCUCCUGAUAAUGUGGUGAUUGCUUACAGCUGUUACAAGUCAGUCAGGGCUUAUUUUUCUACUCUACUUUGUACAAAGGAUUAUUCUAGCAGAAAUAUUCAAAUAGUGUCAUCCUUUUGUAAAAGAAGCUUAAUAAAACCAAGUCAACUACC